UUAAGCUAGAGAGAUGCACGUCAAAUGGCUUAUCUGCUGCGUUAUAUACGCGACUAUUAUAAGCCAGGCCUUUGGCGCGAAGCUGAUUAUGCUUAAGAAAAUGCAAUGUGUUGUGAAGAGCAAAGUGUUAGCCCGUGUGGAGUGCAUAAAAGACAAUGAUACUGCCAUAUCGUUUCACCUCACAACAAUCAACGAAAUCGCGAGCUUCUAUGGCAUAUCGAAUUUAUAUAUUUAUGUAAAUGCUAUCAAAAACGUAUUACAAUUUAAAGGAUAUCGCAUAGAGCUCUGCAAACCCUCGGCCGACCGCCACCAGCCGCAAUUUUUAUCAUUGAUAAAUACGGGCAGACGAGUUGCGACCACCAAUUUUACUCAGAAAUGCCCUUUUCUUGGGAAUACCACCUACGUAAUGGAUCACAUGCAGUUCGAUGCCAAAUUUGCACCCAGUUAUUUACCGGAAUAUAAUUUUACAUACUUAGGCCAGUUCUUUGUGAACCGUGUGCAUACGGCUGAGGUGCAAGUCACUGGAUCAGUUUGUAAUAUCGGAAAUGAUUGUAGAUGAGAUACUAAAUAUUUAAUUUUAAAAUAAAAUAACUACUGAAGACUGUGGGACAUUGAAUAUAUCUUAUGUUAUCUUGGAAAUUUGGUAUUCUGUGCAUAUGUAGUUCGACGCCAACCUUGUGGCCAGCGAUUUACCGGAAUACAACUUUACAUA